CGCGCCGGUCCCCAGCAUGGCGGCCGCCUGGGCCUCCGGGCCGGCUGUUCCCGAGACCGUGGCUGUCCAGCUCCUGGGUGUCCUGUGGUUCGUGUCAGUCACCACGGGACCCUGGGGAGCUGCCGCCGCCGGGGGCGAGGAGACGUUUAAGUGCGAGGACCUCAAAGUGGGACAAUAUAUUUGUAAAGAUCCAAAAAUAAAUGAUGCUACACAAGAACCAGUUAACUGUACAAACUACACAGCUCAUGUUCCAUGUUUUCCAGCACCCAACAUAACUUGUAAGGAUUUUGGUGGCAAUGAAACAAAUUUUACUGGAAACGAAGUUGGUUUUCUCAAGCCCAUAUCUUGCCGAAACGUAAAUGGCUAUUCAUAUAAAGUGGCUGUUGCACUGUCUCUUUUUCUUGGAUGGUUGGGAGCAGAUCGAUUUUACCUUGGCUACCCUGCCUUGGGUUUGUUAAAGUUUUGCACUGUAGGGUUUUGUGGAAUUGGGAGCCUAAUUGACUUCAUUCUUAUUUCAAUGCAGAUUGUUGGACCUUCAGAUGGAAGCAGUUACAUUAUAGAUUAUUAUGGAACCAGACUUACAAGACUGAGUAUUACUAAUGAGACAUUUAGAAAAACACAGUUAUACCCAUAAAUAUUUUUUAAAAGAAACAGAUUCUGGCCUGGUUGAUUUUAAUAGUGAACUCUCAGUAUGUGGAUUUCCAGAUUUUCCCCUUUUCUUCACAUACCAUUUUACGGAUUCUGUGUGAUUUUUUUGUUGUUGAUGAUAUUUUUCUUUUGUUUUAGUUGGAAGCAUUUUAUUCUGAAAUUUAUUUAAUAGGACUUUCUUUGAGAGCUGUAUAUCAAUAGUCUUUCUUAGGCUACUGUCUCUAUGAGAUAGAUAGCUUAUUAUCUUGAUGUUCUGUAAUGUCUUUUCCUAAGGCAAGUUGCCACUUGUCUUUUUUUCUGAAAAAUAAAAGUAUGGCUUACUCAGAUUUUUUUAUUGCUUUAUUAUUAAGAAACCUUAAACGUUGAAUGUUAGCUGUCUUCUGCAUUUUGAUCCUUCAAAGCAGUUAAUACGUGGUGUGAACAAAUACCAUUUAUAUUGCCUGGGGUGCGGUCUAGUGUGAACCCGCCUGGUUUUCUGUAGCUUUCAGAUCUGUCUUUGCCUCGGUAUCCAAGGAGCUAAAGAUCACCAGGGAGUCUGAAACCUUGAGGCAGCAUGGGUACUUCUGGCACUGGUUCAGGCCUCUGAAGUGUGAACUUUUUCCGUUUUGCUGUGGGAGUGAUGCACUAGCUUUUGAAAGACCAGAUGCUGACUCAUCUAGCUCAGUGCAGUUGCAUUUGAAGUUGGUGGACAAGGUGGGAACACUGAACAGAAGAUUAAUGUCUUCCAUCUGUUAGCACUGCCAGGCAGAUGCUGGACAAGCGCCUGAAGUGAUGUGCAGAGUCUGAAGGAAGCAGCACCUGUAUGUUAGCACUGGUUUUUCCCGUGUUUUAGCAGGGUUUUAAGAAGAUGGAAACACAUGAAAUGUUAGGCCUCCAUAAUUCUAUUAUGUGCUUUCUUUAGUAACAGGCAUACCAAUUUCAAAAUUACUAGGGCUGGGCUCCUCAAAAGUAAAAAUCAUAAUUUUUUAUCACUCAUUUUACUCAAAAAUAUACUGUAUAUUCCAUUUAGCUUCAUAGUAUGUUAGUCAUUCAGUAACAGGUUCUCCAGUUGGUGGGAGGUUUAAGUACUGAUACAUGAAGCAAAUUUGGGUUGACUCCUAAUAUACCUCAGGAAUAGUCUCUGAUUCAUUCAUUCCUUAAAACACUGAGUGUCUGCCACUUGAGAGGCUCUGUUCUAGAUGCUAGGAUGCAGCAGGGAACAAAACAAACAUCUCUACCCCUAAUGAGCUUGUAUUUCCUUGGGAUUCACUUUUUCACAGUGAUAAUAUUUUGGCUGCAAUUCAGGUAGCUGGUAGAUGCCCAUAUUCUAGUGUUUCCUAGAUUCUUUUGGUUGCAAACAGUGCUUUGAAGUUUCUUCAGUAUCACUUAAGCCCAGAUUUUAAAAGUCCUUAAGUUUGCAUAGCCAUAUAAGUUCAAUUAUAUAAGAAAUACUUGCAGUCAAAUCUUGAAAAGUCAUGUGAUUCUUGCACAGUUGUUACAGUUAUUAACGUGGCCAGGUGGAAAGUAUGUUUCAAAGCAGGUGCUUCUCAAAGUAUUUAUUCAAAUAAGCUGUAGUACUCUGGGUCGUUCAUAAAAUCUAGAAAUGCAGUUUCUUCGCAUUACACUCCUAAAUCUUUAGGCUUUAUUUUCAUUGUAAAUUUACAUGACAAGAACACUUCACUUUUUCCAGUUUGCCUAAUUCCCUGUUGCCUAAUAUAUGUAAUUCCUUAACAUGUUUUUUCUUUCUUAUUUUUUUAUUUUUUUAUGUGAAUGAAUUUAAUUCAUGUGAAUACAGUUUUUUUAGGGUUUUUUUACUUUCACGGAACACUAUUUUUAUUUGGCUAUUUCUUUGUGUAAGUAUAAAAUUAUAUGUUAAGGCCUCUGUCUGAGAUGUUUUAUAUGAUAACCCUGCUUUUAAAGCAGUGGGCAAGCUGAUAGGGUAGCUAACAAGCUAAAAUAGAUCUAAUAGCAAGAAACUAGCAAGAAAGAAAAUUAGUUCUUAAAAAGUACAAGUCUAAGAUGUUGGUUCUCUUCCUCAAACACUUUAAUGUAGAUAUUCCCCAGGGUUUUGGCACCUUCCUUCUUCCUUUCUCUCAUUAAAUCAGCAUCCAUUUUGCAUUUUUCUAUGUACAAAAUUCAAGCUUAAUGCAGAAAUUUUGGGAAAACACCAAAAAGUACAAAGAAAAAAACUCAUUUUAUAGUUCAAAGAUAAUGUUAAUAUUUUUAUGUAUGUAUUAGUACUUUUUCCAUGCAUGUAUAUACAUUUUUCUUCGCAAAAGUGGUACAUUGUACUUACUGUAUUGUAGUCUGCUUCUUCACAUUGUAAAGAUUUUUCUAUUUCAAUAUUUACACAAAAAUAUUUGUACAAAAUUAUUUUUAAUGCCUGUAGAGUAUUCCAUGUCUGUAUCAUAAUUUAUGUAAUUCCUUAUUGUUUGGUAUUUAAGUUAUCCCAAUAAAUGAACAACAUGCAUUUCUGAUUUU